UGUGUUAUUUUUAACAUGAUUAUUCCAGAUGCCUUUCCCCUCUGCAUACUCCCCCUUGUAUUGCCCUGGAUCUCUGCAGUUGAAGCUGGUGUGCUGACGCUCAGCCCUAGACUUGCCCUCCAUUCCGGACGGUCUCUUCCUUUCACAGCUGCUGCGCUAGCUGCUGCUGCUCCAGCUCCGCUAAACUGCUCAGGACUUCGGGCAACUUUUCUUCCCAACCUUCUCUCCCUCCCUCCCUCUAUACCUCCUCAGGAUGAAUUUCAUCCCUUCAUUGAAGCACUUCUGCCUCAUGUCCGAGCAUUUGCGUACACGUGGUUCAACCUGCAAGCCCGAAAACGAAAAUACUUCAAAAAACAUGAAAAACGCAUGUCAAAAGAGGAAGAGAGAGCAGUGAAGGAUGAACUGCUUAGCGAAAAACCUGAGGUCAAACAAAAGUGGGCAUCCAGACUUUUGGCAAAGCUUCGGAAAGAUAUCAGGCCUGAGUACCGAGAGGAUUUUGUUCUCACAGUCACAGGAAAAAAGCCUCCAUGUUGUGUUCUUUCCAAUCCUGACCAGAAGGGCAAGAUGAGAAGAAUUGACUGCCUACGGCAGGCAGAUAAGGUCUGGAGGUUGGACCUUGUUAUGGUGAUUUUAUUUAAAGGUAUUCCGCUCGAAAGUACUGAUGGCGAACGCCUUGUAAAGUCCCCACAGUGCUCUAAUCCAGGGCUGUGCGUACAGCCACAUCAUAUAGGAGUUUCUGUUAAGGAACUCGAUUUAUAUUUGGCAUACUUUGUGCACGCAGCAGAUUCAAGUCAAUCUGAAAGUCCCAGCCAGCCAAGUGAAGCUGAUAUUAAGGACCAGCCAGAAAAUGGACAUUUGGGCUUCCAGGACAGUUUUGUCACAUCAGGUGUUUUCAGUGUGACUGAGCUCGUCAGAGUCUCACAGACACCAAUAGCUGCAGGAACAGGCCCAAAUUUCUCCCUCUCAGAUUUGGAAAGUUCUUCAUACUACAGCAUGAGCCCAGGAGCAAUGAGGAGGUCUUUACCUAGCACAUCCUCUACCAGCUCUACAAAACGCCUCAAAUCUGUGGAGGAUGAAAUGGAUAGUCCUGGUGAAGAGCCAUUUUAUACAAGCCAAGGGCGCUCUCCAGGAAGUGGCAGUCAGUCAAGUGGAUGGCAUGAAGUGGAGCCAGGAAAGCCAUCGCCAACCACAUUAAAAAAGUCAGAGAAGUCUGGUUUCAGCAGUCCCUCGCCUUCGCAGACCUCCUCCCUUGGAACGGCAUUCACCCAGCAUCAUCGACCUGUCAUUACAGGACCCAGAGCAAGUCCACAUGCAACACCAUCGACUCUUCAUUUUCCAACAUCACCCAUUAUUCAGCAGCCCGGGCCAUACUUCUCACACCCAGCAAUCCGCUAUCAUCCUCAGGAGACUCUGAAAGAGUUUGUCCAACUUGUCUGCCCGGAUGCUGGUCAGCAGGCUGGACAGGUGGGGUUCCUAAAUCCCAAUGGCAGCAGCCAAGGCAAGGUGCACAAUCCAUUCCUUCCUACUCCAAUGUUGCCACCGCCACCGCCGCCACCAAUGGCUAGGCCUGUGCCUCUGCCCGUGCCAGACACAAAACCUCCAACUACAUCAACAGAAGGAGGUGCCGCCUCUCCUACUUCACCAACCUACUCGACACCCAGCACCUCCCCCGCAAACCGAUUCGUCAGUGUUGGACCUCGGGAUCCAAGCUUUGUAAAUAUCCCUCAACAGACACAGUCCUGGUACCUGGGAUAAAAGUGACAGCUUCUCAUCACCCACCGGACAGACCACCUGACUCCUUCCCAACUCUGUAACAUGGAAGCAGCAGCAACACAGUGCAGUUACUUCACAUCAGUGGAAGGAGAGAUGAACAGAUAUCUACAGCAAACUAGUACAUGGAAAUGGCAAAUGUUAUGGUCAAUGGCAAAGGCCAUAACUUUUUUGAGAUUUUUUUUAAACACCUUAGGGACUGUUGUAAUUUCUCAUACGGUGCUGGAAAUGGUUGGGCUUCAUAAUUUUUGAAGUGUUUCAUUGGUAGUGUAAGUAUUAGGUGACACUGGGUAGAACUAGCCUCUGCUGCUGCUUACUGACUCGCUGUUGUAACACACUUUCCAUAUGGAGCCUAACUGUUUUACAGCAUUUUCACUGAUUAUUUUCCCAUGCAGGUGUGAGACUUCUCGAGAAAUCAUGAAACACACUUAAACUGUAACUUUUGUAGUAGCUGAAUUCUGCAAUAUAUAGACUUACAGGACAGACAUAGGGCAUGUUUUUCUGUAACAUAUCGGGGGGGAAAAUGCUGUUUUUUGUUUUGUUUUGUUUUUUUACAGUCAGCAGUUAGAUACAUAACAUGAAAAAUCUGAGCACUGUCAACAGGUUUUUUUCCACUCAAGUUGCAGAGCGAUUUAAAACAUCAAACUACUACUAUUCACUUAAAAAAAAAAGAAAAAAGAAAAAAAAAGUUUGAAAUGCUGCACUUACAUAAAAAACAUUUUUUUCAGCAAUUUUCAACAAUUACAAAAAAAAUUCAUGCAGAAAUGGGGAAGUUGGUCUGUUUUGACAGAAACUGACAGGAAUCAAAACAAUCGAAUUUUGAAUUGAGUAAAGUGCAAUUUCAUUGGAUAGCUAAAUAUCUUUGUAAGAUAGAGAUUGUUGAAAAUUCUAUUUUUGUUUUCCAAGUCCUUCCACCCCAGGACUCUAAAUUAUUGGGGUAAAAAACAGCCUUGCAAGAAAAAGGGGAGCUAUUUUUGCUUUUUAUGUUUUUUAUUGUUAAACUUGUAUCCCUUUAAAACUGAAGGAAAAUUAAAAAAAAAAAUCUAAUGGUGCUUUUACCACAAUAUGUUAACUACAUUAAAUGCUAAUUAAUCAUUUUCUGUUAUCAAAGCACAUAACUAAAAUUAAAUCAUAAUAUCUGUUAAAUUUAUAAGCUAAAAGUCACUAUAGUGGAUUAUGCCAAUUCUGACAAAUGUUACGUGUUUCCGGCAGUAUAGGGUUAUCACUUCUCAAACACCUUGGGAAUCAUAUGAAAUAGUCCAGAAAUUAAAACACCUCUGUGUCCCUGAACUGGUACUUUUUCUGGACUACAAAAAAAAAAAAGACAGAAACAAAUGCUGAUGUGACAACUUAUGCCAGUUCUAAGCAAGGGCACUUGCUGAAAAAAAAAGUUUGGACCCCAAACGUCCUGUAUCUUAUGUAUAAAAAAAAAAAGGAGAAAAAAAAGAAAAAAAAAGAGUGCAAGUGAUUUUUUUCUAUCAGACAGCGGAGCACCCCUUUGCUUCACAUACAACUUUAAGAAGGUUUCCUAUACUAUACAUAUAUAUACGUUCUGGUUGGCAAGUCCAGCUAAUCAGAGAAAGUCUCUGCAUGUUCUAGUGUUAGUAACUAAUUUUUAUAUAGUUAAUGUAGGGUAAAGUAGAGUGCAUUAAGACACAAUAUUGUAAUCCCUAUUCCAGGCACUUGCCUUUAAACUAUGUUUGUACGGCCCUUCAGAAGGGUUUCUACUACUGUCCUAUACAAUCAAGUAACUGAAAUUCUUGGGAAGACACUUUGCUCCUCAUCUUUUCCCUGAAAUAAUGUUUUUUUUCUUAAUUUGCACGAAACAAAAAAAAACAAAAACAAAAAAUUCCAUAUCAAUGUGCCUUGCCCUGGAUAGCGAUUAUUUGUGGAAUUGUUGCACAUGUUCCUAUAUUGAAAGGGGAUUUUUCCCUAGUCAAGCAUUUGGAGACACUUUUUGUAAAUGUGACUUUUAUGUCAGCCAUUGUCAGUUUCAACAUCUAGAAUUAAAUAGAAUGUUAGUUGUUCCGCAGAUACGAGUAGUGUUUAUUGUCCUGUAUGGUCAGUGGCAGUGCUAUUCUGAGAUCUGUAGAUGCUAGAUUAUCAGUAUUUUUGGAUGUUGCUGCAUUUUACAUUUUAUUUGGAGUCUUCCUUUUGUUUUUUCCCAGAUAUAUGAAAAUAUGCAAUACCUGCUUAUAUCAUGUAGAAAAGCUUAGCAAUUAUUAAUUUUUCUUUUAUUUUUUUUAUUUGACCAAAGUUGGUGCUGCACUUGACGCAGUGUGUUUUAGGUGUUUGUCUUUGUACUUAUGUGAUUUUGAAUGCACAUGCAGGAAGGGCUCUUCUUAGAGAAGCAGUCAAACUGUGAAGCACUAAGCUGAACCCUGCUUCAAGCAAUUUUUGUUUUACAAUUGUUCCUUUCACAAGCAAGCCUUAAAAAAACUUCCUUUUUCUUCAGAUCCCACACCCAUUUUUAUUAGCAGACUGCAAUCAAGCCACAUUCAACUAAAGUAUAUAAUGCCCAUUUUUAUAUGCACGUUUUUAAACUUCCAAGUUCUGAAAAUUGUUUACUGGUUAUUCUCUAUUUAAGGAAAAAAUAAAAUGUUUUGGAUUUUCAUAUGUGUCUGAUAAGUGGUUGAGUAGUCAUUUUGCUCUGUUGUAUUGUGUGAUUGUUAGUAUAUGGUAUCACAUCUUCUAGCCAGCAUCCUUUGCCUUCCCUAUAGCACUUAGCUGGGCAUUACUUUAUUAAGACAUAUGUGCACUAAAAAAUAAUAAUAAAAUUAAAAAAAUAGCAGCUUUCAGUGCUUCACAGUGAAGGGAAAAAAGCCUAGACAAACAUUUUGUCAGAACCUUGCUAUAAGCCAAGGUAUUACCAGUAAAUUGGUUGUAUAUACAAUAAAAUUGCACCCUUUUUUAAACAAAACAAACUAAGCAAUAGUUUGGGCAGUUAGUUGUUUUUAGUGAGCAUGUUGUAGUCAUGGCUGCAAAGAGAGAGAAUUAAACUGCCCACUCAGAAGAUAUGUAAUUUGUAUGUUGUAUAGUUUUAUUGAUUACACUGAUUUAUUCUACCCUAUUUUAUAAUGCAGGACUUUUGUAAUGUUGUUUAAAUGAGGACAAAUUUCUGUCAAAUUAGCUUAGUGGAAUUUCUGAUUGUUCGUUAUAAAGGCAGCGUUCAUAGAAUUGCUUUUUUUUCCCCUUUGGGAACUGGAUUUAAGUUAAAAACUUUCCUGUUUCCGUUUUGUAUGUAUUUAAAUACAGUUAUUUUUCUUCUCUCAAUGGUAUAGCAUAUUCCUAUGCUUGAGAAGUAUAGGCUACUGAAGAACCAUUGUAAAUGGACAGUACAGGUAUGCUGUAUUUUUGAAGGCAUUUUGUCAUAUUAAGUUUGAUGACGCUAAGGUUUAGGCAUUCUGAUCAGAAUUGCAGAAAAAAUGUUUUAAAGGCUUUAAAACAUUAGGUAGGCGAUCAAGGGUGUUAAUCAACAGUGGUUAUAAAGUAUUAAACACACUAAAUUAAAAUUUUGUUCACCUUAUUACCAUGCAGAAAACACAGCAGUUCAGUUCUGUUCACAUAUGGAGAACAAAUUGUUUUUUAUUCCUCAAAAUAAAGUAAAAACUGGAGUUCUGAGCAAGACAGCCGCUUGGGGUGUGCAGCCAACAAUAAAGAGAACGUGCAGGAUUCAGGUGGACAGUAUUGAUUCCUAAUUCAGAAUCCAAUUACACUUCCUUCCCCUUUUAAAUUGUUUUAUUAAUUUGUUAAAAUAUAAUGUGAACAACUUUUAUUCCCUCUCUGGAAAUUUUGUCAGACACAAAUCCUGACUCAACGCCUCCUUCUCCUCAAAUUUAAAGAUUUAAAAAUUGCUUGUCAUGAAUUGACUCCACCAGUUAAUUCCUCUCUUUUCCUCUUGUUGAACUAGGGCACUGGCUUUUGUUAUGCUGCGCACCCCAGCAAUGCCAUUAUUUAUUCCUCGUCCUUUAUCAUAAAACGUACAGGCUAAAGUUAAGCAGCCAUGGCAUACUUUGUCUCCGCUCUUUAUUCCUCCCUCAUCCCUCCUCUCUUGAGGUUGAGGGGUAAAGGAAACACAAAACUUUCCUCAACUCCACAGUAUUCAGUCAGCCCACAGGAAUAUGCAAAUCCUUCUAACUUUGUUUUUCUUUCACUAUUUCUUUUUGUUCCAGGUAUUUUGCAGCUUUGUAGUAACAGUGUUAUAAAAUAUUUACUGUACAAAAAAAUACAAAAAAACCCAGAUACAUAGCCUAAAACAGUUUUUUUUCCUUGUGGUGAUUUUUUUUUAAAGAAUGUCAGUUCAUAUUGUACUUUACAUUGUGUCUCUGGAAAUAUCUUCUUUUUUUAAUUAUUUUUUAGAAGGCCUCCAUCGAACAAAAUUAAAAACACAACCGGCAUGAUAAUGUAAGGAGAGCUUCAAUGGCACCUAAAAAGAAACAACUUUCAUGAGGUCUGUUGGAGGAAGGUCUCAUGAAGUGAAUGCUGCCUGCUAGGCAGGAUUUCCAUUAAAUCAAUCUUACAAUGCCAAUUUUGUCUUGAAGUCAAUGCAUGUAUUGCUGUUUGACAGUAAACCCGGCUAUGCCAUCAUCAAGUCCAAGGCUGUGCAAUAGUCUAAUUAGUAUCGAGUACAUUUUCCUUUUAUUUUUUCCAAUAAAAAAGCAGUGGGAUGAAAAUUGCUUUGAUAUAUAGCAGGUAACAUUGAAGCUAUUCCAUAGCACUUAACUGUAGUGAAUACUGUGUCACCAAUUCUGAAAUCAAUUUAAUGUUUAAUGCAAAUCCAUUACAUGGUGCUAUUACAGGCUGGCAAAAUGAUUUACAAAAAUGUGACAACUUGGGCUCAAUUCACUCUGCUUUCCAACAAUGUAAAUGCAUAGCAGUGUUUAUCUGCAUGAGAACUAUGCACUAAUCUAUCUGAAAAAAAAAAAGAAUAUAUCAACUUUGGUAUCUACUUUCCGUUUACUUAAAUCCUUGCCUUUUUGGUCAUUGUUAUAAUGCCAGCUUUAGGACAGAAAGAAUUAUAAGAAAACCAGCAUAAUACCUGAUAUAUUAAAAUGUAGUGCCUGUGAAAUCUGUAUUAUAUUGCUCUUCUAAAGUAAGAUUUUUCUACACCGGUAGCCUUCGCUGUCUGUCAGAACCUUCUGAUAUAGGUGAUGUAAAAUAACCGUACAAUAUUAAUGCAUGCUAUUCCAUAAUGCUUAGUGAGCUGUAUGAAUAUUACUCAAAGUUAUGUUAGUCUUUUUUUCUGACUUGGUUCUUGUCAGAUAGGUUUAAAGAUAUUUCACUGAGAACGCAAAUUCUGUCUUUUCUUGAUUUGGGGUGUUUUCAGUAUUUUGGAGGUAUACAUUUACUUAAAUUCAGUAUUACUUGUGGGGGGGUUUCUUUUUCUUAGAGGGCAAGCAUGGGUGUUGAGGCCAAAAGUCUGUCUCUGGUCAGAUUUUUGUCUCAAAAGCUACCUUAAGAAUUCCAAAAGAACGUAUGUAUAAAUUUAAGAGACAGUUUUCAAACCCAUAACUGAGACUUAGCUGAUGUUGAAAGUGAUUUCUUAAUGGGCAGUGUUUAACCAGGUACCCAUGCUUGACGCUUCUUCUCACCAGACCUCCUUGUAUAAAAGGAAAAAAAAAUCAUUAGGAAAAAAAGAGAGAAAGUAAAAAAGAGAAUCUCUUGUGGCUGUUUAGUUGCAAUAUUUUUCCUUCAAACAAAAUUCUGUACAAACUUUAGGCAUGAUUCAUAAAAGACCAUUUGCUAUUAACACGGGAUUUUGGUGUACUUUUUUUAUCCAAACGUGAGGACACUUUCUUCCCCAGUAGAUGAUUUAGCAAGCCUUGUACACAAGCACUCAUCUGCCUUUCAUGCCCCGUGAGAGCUACAUAUCCCACAAAGUGAGCAGAAUCGCUCAGAAAAAGGGGUCAUGGCAGGGAUUGGAAUGUCAUGUCCAACACCUGCAGUACACAAGAAUGUUAAGAGGAAAGGAGGAUGUAGAGAAGAGGAGAGCUCUUUACUACACUCUGGCCAAUACAUAGGUUUUAUACAUUUAUGUACAAUGUUCCUCCUUUACAGAAGGAAUUAAUCUGUUCCAUGCAAAAUAUGCCUAGGUGUGCUACCUCUGAUUCCCACUAAGAACAUUCAUAAGCAAAAACUCUUGCAUACAAUCUAAACUUUUGUACUUUUUACAAUGGUUUUUAAAGAAGACUGUUUUCCACUUAGUCUAUGCUUUUGCUAACACGAGAACAAAAUUAUUUUUCUUUUCCCAAGUCUUCCCUUUCCUCCUUUCUUUUACAAAUUAGCAAUUUUAUUUUAGAGAGAAGAAAGGGAAAUAAGGUGAAUAGUUAUCUUUAGAGUUCAGUGUGUUAGAUGGAUGAUUUCCCAGCUGUAAACUCUCGUCCUUUGCUAUUGGUUUGGUUACUGCCAUAGAAAUGCAAAGUAGUUUAUGGGCAUGGAUACCAUACAGUGAAGAUUUACAAAAUGGUUUGCUGUAGACACACAAUCGGUGGGAAGUCCCCAUUCUGCACUUGUAUUGUUUUUUCUCCAAAGUUAAGCAUUCACCUAACUCUUCUUGUCCACUCAAAUUCCUCAUUUCAAUUUUCAGUUUGCUCUCCAAAACACUUCUAAUGGAUGUUUGAAAGAUCUGCUGGAAAAUCACUUAGCACCCGUGUUAAUACCAUGUUGUCUUUAUGAUUUUGACUUGAGCCCCUUGUACCUCUCGUAUACUUGUAUUGACUCUCAUAGUUACCAUUUUAGUUUUACUGUGUUCUGUGAAAAAAAAUUGUAAUUGGUUGAGAAUCACUGUGGGCAUCCAUUCUUAUUCAACUAAAUCUCCGCAGGUUUUUUGAGCUGGUGUGGAUUAGUUUAACUCUUGUAUUCAACCAUUAGUGCUACCACCUUCUCACAUUACAAUACAAUUACUGGAAGCAAGUACUGCAUUUCCUAUGCAACAAAAAAAGGAAAAUAAAAAACUGCUAAUGCUAA